ACUCAAGUUUAUUGUUAAUAAAGUGAGGUUAGUGUAGUAAUUAAGCACCAUGUUUGAUCUUUUGGGAUAUACAAGGAGGCUCUUUGAUGCGGCGAAGAGGAUUCCAUUUUGCUAAUUUUCUAUCAUCUUUUAACUGUUCGGAAUCUCGACGGGCUCCUUCCAAUGUCAAUGCUGAUCCAUAUAAAUUCAAAGCAGAUUCAGCAAAGAAGAAGCAGAGACAGCGUGCAGCUUUCCUGAUUUUCUCUACAUUAAUAUUUUUCUACCACUUUCAGGAGACAUCCAAAAUGACUGACAUUGAAGGAUCUCCUGGAACUUCCAUGCAUGGUGUCACUGGCCGGGAGCCGGUCAUGUCCCUCUCCGUCAAGGUCCCAACGGAUACCACCGCUCACUUUGAUCUUCCUGUGGAUUCAGAGCACAAAGCCACAGUUUUCAAGUUGUUUUCUUUUGCCAACCCCCACAUGAGAACCUUUCAUUUGUCCUGGAUUUCCUUCUUCACCUGCUUCCUCUCCACCUUUGCCGCUGCCCCCCUUGUUCCAAUCAUCCGUGACAACCUUAAUUUAACCAAACAGGACAUUGGGAAUGCAGGGGUGGCCUCUGUUUCUGGUAGUAUUUUCUCCAGGCUUGCAAUGGGUGCAGUUUGUGACAUGUUGGGGCCACGGUACGGAUGUGCCUUUUUAAUCAUGUUAUCCGCUCCUACAGUGUUCUGCAUGCCAUUCGUGUCCAACGCCGGUGGUUAUAUAGCCGUCCGCUUCAUGAUCGGAUUUUCUCUGGCGACAUUUGUAUCGUGCCAGUACUGGAUGAGUACCAUGUUCAACAGCAAGAUUAUUGGUCUUGUAAAUGGGACUUCUGCAGGAUGGGGUAACAUGGGUGGAGGUGCUACUCAACUUCUGAUGCCUUUAGUUUAUGAAAUUAUCCAGCGAGCAGGAGCAACUCCGUUCACCGCCUGGAGGAUUGCCUUUUACAUCCCGGGGUGGUUGCAUGUGAUCAUGGGGAUUUUGGUCUUGACCCUUGGCCAAGACUUGCCUGAUGGAAAUCGCAGUACCUUACAGAAGAAGGGAGACGUAGCCAAAGAUCAAUUCUCUAAGGUUCUCUGGUAUGCUAUCACAAAUUACAGAACCUGGAUCUUUGUCCUUCUCUAUGGUUACUCCAUGGGAGUGGAGCUAUCCACCGAUAAUGUCAUCGCCGAGUACUUCUACGACAGGUUUAAUCUUAAACUCCACACCGCCGGCGUAAUAGCGGCAAGUUUUGGCAUGGCCAACAUUGUCGCCCGUCCCUUCGGCGGUUUUGCUUCGGAUACAGCUGCCAGGUUUUUUGGUAUGAGAGGAAGGCUAUGGACUCUAUGGAUCCUCCAAACCCUUGGAGGUUGCUUCUGCAUCUGGCUCGGCCGCGCCAAUUCACUUCCGUUAGCCAUCCUGGCAAUGAUCCUAUUCUCCGUUGGAGCUCAAGCGGCCUGCGGAGCAACUUUUGGCAUCAUCCCAUUUAUUUCACGCCGGUCAUUGGGAAUCAUAUCGGGCAUGACCGGGGCCGGUGGGAAUUUCGGGUCGGGCCUGACCCAGUUGAUAUUCUUCUCGACUUCAAGAUUCUCCACCGACCAAGGGCUAACGUGGAUGGGGGUGAUGAUUGUUGCCUGCACACUUCCGGUUACACUGGUGCACUUCCCCCAGUGGGGCAGCAUGUUCUUCCCUCCUUCAAAGGACGGAAUCAAGGGCACUGAAGAGUACUACUAUGGUUCUGAAUGGGAUGAGGAGGAGAAACAGAAAGGGCUGCAUCAGGGAAGUCUCAAGUUCGCGGAGAACAGCCGGUCCGAGCGUGGCCGUCGUGUUGCCUCCGCCCCAACCCCACCAAAUGCAACACCCACUCACGUUUAGUCCUAAACCGCGCCCUUGUUAGGUUACGGAGUAAUAAUAUCAAUGAUACAAGUUUGUAUAAUAUGAUUCGUAUGUGUGUUUGGUGUUAUCACUCAUACUCGACUAGGAAAAACUGGGUGUGUUUGUAUUUUCAUUUGCUCAAAACUUAGUUGUUUUAGAAGCAAAUAUAGAUAUGAAUGUAGCUAAUAAUUUCAAUAUAUGGAUGUAGCUAAUAAUUUCAAUAUAUGGAAUGAUAUAGAGGGAUCUUUUUUUGUUGGCAAUAAAGGUAAUGAAGUAAA